UGAAAGUAAUAAGACGUUAUUUCUAUAAAAGGGGAUGCCGCGAAAUUCGUAUUAUUAGAAUGUUGAAUAUUAUAGAAGUUACUUUCAAAAAAUUUCAGAUACGAUUCCUUUUCCCAACCUUUCAUCAGCGAAAAUAACUUGCACUAAAAAUUAUACGAGCAUUGUAGUGCACUUCAAAAGAGCUAUUUAAAGAACUCAUAGGAAUAUAAGAGGAUAGCAAACAAUAAAUACUAAAGGCCGACAAAUGGAACGUCAAAGCAUUUUAGCAAGUUUUGGAAUUCCCAUCUCACCAGGUUCACGUCCCCUAAAUAGAAAUGCUCAACGAAGAGACACAACAGGAUCUCUUGCUGGCCGUUCCAGCACGAGAUAUUCUGUAACAGCACUAUACUCUAUGGCUGCAGAACAGGACAUAGAGGUUGAAGAUGAUUUAGCGAAAGCACAAAAACGAUUACGAGAUUUAAAAGGCCGAAUUUCAGCACAAUCCAAAAAAAAUUUCGUUCUGGAACGAGAUGUUCGCUAUUUGGAUUCACGAAUUGCCUUAUUAAUCGCAAACAGAAUGGCAUUAGAUGAGAAACAAGAAGUAGAAAGUCAUUUUGAAGAAUCAGAUCAACAAGUUUUUGCUUUCCCAGAUCAUCGUAAAAUGAAUCAAUAUGGAAAUCUUUUUUUCCUCCUUCAAACCGAACCGCGACAUAUUGCAAAUUUAUGUCGUCUAGUAAGUUUAACAGAGAUUGAUACUUUGCUUCAAACUGUAAUGUUUACACUGUAUGGGAAUCAAUAUGAAAGCAGAGAAGAACAUUUAUUAUUAACAAUGUUUCAGUCUGUUCUAUCAGCACAAUUUGAAACCACAAAUGAUUUCAAUUCUCUCCUUCGAGCAAAUACGCCUGUAUCACGUAUGAUGACAACAUAUACUCGUAGAGGCCCUGGGCAGGGUUAUCUGAAAGCUGUGCUUUCGGAACGAAUAAAUAGUCUGAUAGAAUGUAAGGACUUAAAUUUAGAAAUUAAUCCACUAAAAGUAUAUGAACAGAUGGUAAAAAAAAUCGAGGAAGAUAAUGGUUCAUUACCGCCCGAACUUCCACGCGCUGUUACACCUGAUGUUGCCGCGGCCAAUGCCGAUGUUCAAGCUAUUAUAGCACCUCGCAUAAAAAUGUUAAUAGACAUUGCGAACUCUUUCAUCACAACUAUAAUACAGUCUAUCGAACAAGUGCCGUAUGGUAUUCGAUGGAUUUGUAAACAAAUUAAAUCGUUAACGAAGCGAAAAUAUCCUGAUGCAACAGAAUUUAUGAUAUGUACAUUAAUCGGUGGAUUUUUCUUCUUGAGAUUUGUCAAUCCAGCCAUUGUCACACCACAAACAUAUAUGUUAGUUGAUGGAAAUCCAGGCAAACAUCCAAUACGAACAUUGACUCUGAUUGCCAAGAUGAUACAAAAUUUGGCAAAUAAGCCUUCUUAUUCAAAGGAAGAAUUUAUGAUGUUGUUGAAUCCUUUUAUUGAGAGUAAUAAACAGAGAAUAAAUAAAUUUUUAUUGGAAUUGUGCGAAGUGGGCGAUUUUUAUGAGAGUUUAGAAAUGGAUCAAUAUGUGGCUCUUUCAAAAAAGGACUUAAUGUUACAAAUAACGUUGAAUGAGAUAUACAACACACAUGCAUUAUUGUUACAACAUUUGGAAGUUUUGGCACCAUCAGACAAGAAUCAUUUACGCAUAAUUUUGGAAGAAAUUGGUACAGCCCCAGCUCAGGUUCCUAGAAAAGAAAAUAAAAUUGUUGAGCUGCCAUUAUUUAGUCGUUGGGAGACACCUAUACAAGAUAUCGCCACAGCACUUAUGUCCGACAAUAACGUGACACAAAAUGAUAUUUUAUAUAUGGAAACGAAAUCAAUUUUUGUGCAAAUUAUUCGAUCUAUACCGCGAGUCGCUAAUAAACAAAAUAUUGAUUUGGCUGCGGUAGCUGAAAUGGCAGCAACUGCAAAAGAUGCCACUCUUGUUCGCAAAGGAAUUAAAGUUAAAGAAAUGCUUCGAGAACUUGAAGAAGCUCAUGUGAUUAACCGAAGAGACGGAUAUAAACUUAUGACCGAAGAAGUUGCACAAGAAUUAGUUCAUCUUGGCAAUCUUCGAGAAAAGGUCAACGAAGAAAUAAAAUCUCUUGAGACUGUUUAUAAAACAAUCUGUGAUCAUAAUAAUUAUCUAAGAAGUCAAUUGGAUAGUUAUAAAGCAUAUUUACUGAAUGUUAGACAACAAGAUGCCAAAGGAGGACCUGGUGCAAGUGUGGUAAAAUUGGGCGGUAAAGAAAAAAGUCAAAAGAUAAAGGUUUUGGGUCCGUACAAAUUUACACACACCAAUUUAGAAAAAGAUGGAAUUAUAGUUGAAACGAGUGUACCUGAGAAUAGGCGACAAAAUAUUUUUUUCAAUAUCACAUCACCUGUUCCUGGAACAUUUAUUAUUGCAUUGCAUUAUAAGGGACGUGAUGCUCCAAUUUUAGAGAUGGACCUUAAAUUAGACGAUCUCCUAGAAAAGCAACAAGAUAACAUACUAUCUCUUGAUCUUGAAUAUGUUCAACUUAAUGUUUCCAAGCUAUUACAAUUGUUGAACAAAACAUUCUCUAAAAGAAAGGCAUAAAAUUUAACUAUUUAGUAUUAUGUUUUGACUCAUUUCCCAUUAAUAUUUAAUUUUUUUUUAUAUUAUAAUUUUUAUUGUAUUAUUAAUUUUAUGUAGAAUUUCUCACAAUCAUUAAUCUCAUAUUACUUGAACAAAAAAUAUUUUCAUUUUUCAUUUUUGC